AUGCUGUGGUCCGAGUACACAUUGAAGACGACUGGCUGUGGCCUUCCAGCGGGCCCUGGAGGAGCCUUGGGAGCCUUGGAGGGAGUGAGUUACCUGUGGGUCGUCGGACUGGUUGCAUACUCCUUGUACACCAAAGUCAAGACAGGCAAAGGUCUCCCUCCAGGUCCUGGCGGCAUCCUCGGAGCUGCCGAAGGUCUGGCAUUUCUUGCAGUGCUCGCGGGAGUGGUUGUGCUCGGAUUGCAGAUCAAGGACUACGGCUACAUUCCCAACGCUGUUCCUACAGAGGGAGGAAAGUGUUCUUAAGAUCAGCACUCGUUACAAACACCUCGAUGAAAUGACGGCCAGGUGAGAUAAUUUACAACCUUUAAAAUACUACACCAAACGUCAUUAAAGAAAAUCUAGG